CAUUUAACUCCACCAGUGGUAAAAGUAAGUCUCCUUCUCUCUCUUUUCUUUUCUAGAAACCCUUUUUCUUCUGUCUUUAUUCCCUCAGUCUGUGUACCUUGUUUACAUCACACCCUCUCUCACACACCGUUUCUCUUCAACUGCCCUCUUUAGUUUUGGUAACUAUUUCCUGCUAAAUCUAAAACUUUGGUUUUGUUUUAUCUCCGUUUGGAAGAAUACAAUCAUCUCUUCUGGGGGUUUUCUAUAUAUUGAUCUUCACUUUUCCAUCUUGGGUUUUGUUUCAUCUUCUUUUAGGUACUCUAAAAAUAAAUACCAUCUCUUUUCAUCCAUCUGAUCUUAAUUUCUGUUCAAUCUCCAACUUGGAUUUGCUCUAUUUUCAUCCAUCUGGGUAAUUUAGAAAUUCUAUCUUCUUUUGCGGGGGGUUUUCAGAUUUUGCAAUUCAAUGUCUUCUCAAGGUUAUGCAAUUCAACUCUUCUUUGAUCCAGCUUUAGAAAACCAAGUUUUAAAAGCAUGGAAUGUUUUAGCUCGUAGACAGAUCAGUACACAGCUUAUAGAAAUGGAAUCUAGACCUCAUAUAACUCUUCUAUCUAGUCCUGUACUUGAUCCACCUAAACUACAAAACCUUAUAAAGAACUUCGCUUCAAAGCAAGAGCCAUUAUCAUUGUCUAUGUCUGCAAUUGGGAGUUUUCCUGGUGAAGGAAAUGUUUUGUUUCUUUCACCUAAUCCUACUUCAUCACUACUUCAAUUUCAUGCGCAAUUAUGUGAUGCCCUGCGAAAAGAGAAUAUUGAAAUUGGUGAGGAGUAUUUGCCAGAUUCAUGGAUACCUCAUUGUACAGUAGCCAAAGAAGUGCCAAGGAGUAGGAUUGGUGAAGCUUUUUGUAUUUUAAGAGAUCUGAAAUUGCCUAUUUCUGGCUAUGCUAUGGAUAUUGGAUUGGUUGAGUUUUCGCCUGUGGUUCGAGAGCUACUGUCCUUUCCUCUUGGGGAUGCAUUAGAAGCUUAAGAAAAGGUAUUAGAAUUGAUUUAACUAUUAUUGUUUUCAUUUAAUUCAUUAGAAUUUCAGAUGUAUUUCCAUUUGUUUGUGUUGUAGAAAUGUAGUUUUGUUCAACAUAAUGUGGUCUAGUCAAUUUGCUUAUGUCUAAUUUAUUGUGUUGUUAAUGUAUUGGAUUAUACAUUUUGUAUUAAUUUGAUUCAGAUUAUCAAAAUCUUUUACCUCUGGUGAUAUUC